GUCAGAAGUUUGGUCAAAAUCACCCCAGCCUCUUGUAGGUGUACUACAUCAUUCUGGAAAGUCCCCAUGCAGACAAACGUCCUUAAACCCAUUGGAAGAAGAACCAGUUUCCAGGAGCACAGUGAAUGCAAAUGAAGAAGCUCUGCAAAAGAUCAGUGCUCUAGAAAAUGAACUAGCCACUUUAAGAGCACAAAUAGCCAAAAUUGUAAUCUUGCAAGAACAGAGCCUGACAGCAGUUAGGUCAAGUCCGGUUGCUUCAGCUGCUGUCCCUGUUGUAUUGCCACCACCUCCUCCUCCACCACCACUCCCUCCCCCAGGUCUACCACAGAGUAUGUCUGCAAUUGAGCUCAUUAAAGAAAGGAAAAACAAAAAAACAAACUCUGGACAGAAUCUGACUGAAAAUGGGCCAGAGAAGUCUGAAAUACCAAGCAUGCUAGAAAUCCUCAAAGACAUGAACAGUGUGAAACUACGCUCAGUGAAAAGAUCAUCAGAAGGUACAAAAUCUAAAGUGUCUGACCCUACAGAUCCUGCAGCUUUAAUAGCAGAAGCGCUCAAAAAGAAAUUUGCUUAUAGAUACCAAAAUGACAGCCAAAGUGAAACACAAAAAGUGAUUCCAAAGACUGAAACAAACACAAAGACUGAGGUAGUGCUGUUUGGACCGCACAUGCUGAAGUCUACAGGAAAAAUGAAGACUUUAAUUGAAAAAUCUUAA